AUGUCGUCUUGUUCGAGAUCGUCAAGAUCUUCGAGGUCUUCGAGAUGCAGCUGCAAUGACUGCGUCGACUACAGAUACGAAAGGACAUGCCAUGUGGAUGGUUGCUGCAGGAAACACGCCUUUCUACGCAUCGACCCAAUGAGACCCGACAUCAGGAUCUAUUCUGACUUUUGCGUUGAUCAUACUUGCAAGUACUGCGUCCUCGGCUUAGAGAUGUGCAACCGGCCAAAGGAGCUUCAGGACCGUUUUUGCUCUGAGCACCGGAGGUGUGGGGUGACGGGCUGCGAUCGGACCGGAGACUGUCCGUCGGGCGUGCCCCUACCGUGGAAGUGUCCGGACCGUGAGUUUCGACCGCUGGGGAAAAGUCCGGGAGUCCAUGACGCUGACGUGCAGCCACCAACAGACAAAUGCUACGUCGACAACUGCUACAAGACCAGAGAGAAGCUUUACGGGUACUGCCUGGACCACCGAUGCCGAGUUGCGAGCUGUUUUGAAAGACGAACCGUCGACUCCGAGUACUGCGUCGACCACGUUUCGAGGAUCUGCCGAGAGCUGAAGUGCCGAGAGCCUGUGCACGCCGACAAUCGCUGCUUGCUCCACCAGAUAUGCACCGUCAAAGACUGCAAGGGCUUCAGACUGGGCAUUUCAGAUGGUGGUCAUCGGGACUUUUGCGACAAGCACUACACCGAGAAUCGGUGCACGUAUAAAGGCUGCGACAAAGUGUGUCUUAAAGGUUGUCGAAGCUGCGCGACGCACAAGUGCACCUACGAAGGUUGCUUGAACUUCCGAGACAACGAAGUCGAUGCCGAAAAAGUCUUCUGUCGAGAUCAUGGUUGCGGCGGUGCUAGAUGCUACGCGGUGGCCACCUUCAUCGACGGGGGUGGUUUCCGACCCUUUUGCCGCCGACACACCUGUACCAUAGCUGGAUGCGUCGAAAUCGCCGAGUUGGGUGUUCACUGUCAUCGUCAUCGGUGUCACUGGAAGUCCUGCGAAAGACCUUGCCUGUCAGGAGGAGAGUACUGCGCGGAUCAUCAGUGCAGAAGAUCUGGGUGUCGCACGAUCGUCCGUCUCCCGCUCGGCUACUGCGCCGAGCACUGUUGCAAGAUUGACAAGUGUGUCAACUAUUGCGAUGUCACGACAGAUAGGAUUUGCUUCGAGCACUCGAGAGAAGAUCAGUUUCGACGGAUCAAACACUUGGAGGACAGGCUGCGAGACAGAGACUACAACCACAGCCCUCUCAACCUCAACCACCAUGUCCACCACCCUCAUUUCGGCGACCUCCAGAUCCGCCACGAUAAGCUCACCAGGGACUACGACGAAUGCGUGAACCGAUUGAACGCGAGCCGAGACGAGAUUCGGAUCCUGCGCACCACGUGGGUGUCGGCGGACGACAAUCGCAUAUGGAGAAAGGAGAUCGAGGACCGCAACGCACGGCUGCUGCUGGAUCUGGACCGAGAGCAGAAGAGAACCGAGCACUGGGAGCGCAAGGCGGUCGAGCUCGGCCGGAGAAUCGACGACCUCGAGGUCCUAUUGGCAGAGGAGCGGCUGAGACAUCCGAAAUCGGACGAGUAUGUACGACAGAUCGCGGACCUCGUCCGCAAGGUCGAGAUCCUCGAGGAGGAGCUCCGCAUCGAGCGCCUCAGCCACCACGCGCAUGAGGGACGUCAGCACGAGAUCGACAGGCUGCGGCGCACCAUCGAAGAGCUCGAGCGGAAGCUCAAGGGAGACCACAUCAAAGUGGACCAGCUGCAGUCCAUCAUCGCCGGCGAGAGGGAGCAGAAAGACAUUCUCCUCGAGGAGAUCGCCAAGCGCGACGAGUUCGAGAGACAGCGACGCGAAGACCGUCGUCGACCCAGGAGAGGAAGCUGGGAACGGAGGUCGCGCGACUCACGCCCUUGGGGAAGCGUUUUCUAA